AUGAGCCCAACCACAUUGCAACUACGUGACCAACAAUCUCAUAUUGAAGGAAGUACGAGCCCAACCACAUUGCAACUACGUGACCAACAACCUCAUAUUGAAGGAAGUAUGAGCCCAACCACAUUGCAACUACGUGACCAACAACCUCAUAUUGAAGGAAGUAUGAGCCCAACCACAUUGCAACUACGUGACCAACAACCUCAUAUUGAAGGAAGUAUGAGCCCAACCACAUUGCAACUACGUGACCAACAACCUCAUAUUGAAGGAAGUACCAACAAACUGAGCCCAACCACAUUGCAACUACGUGACCAACAACCUCAUAUUGAAGGAAUUAUGAGCCCAACCAUAUUGCAACCACGUGACCAACAACCUCAUAUUGAGGGAAGUAUGAGCCCAACCACAUUGCAACUACGUGACCAACAACCUCAUAUUGAAGGAAGUAUGAGCCCAACCACAUUGCAACUACGUGACCAACAACCUCAUAUUGAAGGAAGUAUGAGCCCAACCACAUUGCAACUACGUGACCAACAACCUCAAGAAAAUAUGAGAUAUUGA